GGUGGUGGUGGUGGCGGCGGCGGUUGGUAGGGCUGCGGCUCCUUGGGGUUGCGUGGGCUCCGGGGGAGGCCCCGGUCUUGCUGGCGAGUUGCAGCCGCUGAGGGAGGCGCUGGGGGUGCGGCCGUUGGUCCCGCGAGGCGCUGAGGAGGAUCGGGCCGGAUCCUCCGACCGCCGGGGAGGGCUGAGCCCAGGCCCGCUGUGUGAGUUGUGUGCGUCUAAAAACGGUGCAAGCAGGAAUUACGUAUUGAAGGAGAAACGCUAGUGACACACUAAUGAAAGAAGCACCCGGCUUUGAGGCUGAAAAAUUACCAGAAAUCAUGAACGACUCCGUUUGCCCUGUAGAUGCCAAGGAAGAACUCUUGCGUGAAUGUGAUAAUAUUUGGAAGGAGAUGGAAAAGUGUCAGAGCAAGCUAGCACUUCUAACAGCAGAACCAGUGCCAGAAUCAGAUGCCAAGGUUUCCUUGUUACUGACACGAAUUCAGGCUUUAAGAGCGGAGUAUUAUCAGUGGCAAAAAAGAAAUCCUGAAUUAAUUUCUACUAAUCCAGAGGUACUGCUGUUAUUAGGAGAAGAAGAGUUGCAGAAAGUAAAGAAAGAGCUUGAAAUGGUGCUGUCAGCAGUUCAGUCAAAGAAUGAAAAGCUGAAAGAAGAUCUGGAAAGAGAACAGCAGUGGCAUGAUGAACAGGAGCAAAUACUAAACGCUUUUAAAGAAAUUGAAGAAGAAAUGAAAAAAGGAGUUGUUACAGAUUCUGAAAAAAGAGUAUUUCAAGAACUGAAAAACCAAAUGUCGGAGCUAAAGGAAUACAAGAAAAAACUCAUGAAUGCUUUGGGUGAGUUCCUAGAAGAACAUCUUCCCCUUCCAGAGAAAAAUGGAGAUGCUAAAAAGAAGAGAUGCUCUGAAGAGCCAUCUGAACAACUGAUAACAAUGCAUGAAAUUUUAGAGAUUCUCUUAAAUCAACUAAUGCGCACACCGCAUGAACCCUAUGUAACAGUCAGUGACUCAUUUUGGCCACCUUAUCUGGAGCUGCUACUGCGAAGUGGAAUUGUCCUGAGACAUCCAGAAGAUCCAAACAGGAUACGCCUAGAAGCCUUUCACGAGUAGUGUGAUCUACAUGUUUUGAAACAAAACGAAUCACUAGUACUUCUACUUAUGGGUAAAACAUACUUACGUAUCUGCUGAAUUUUUUUUAUAACUUGUAUUUAUUUAAUAAAGUGUCUUUUUGGCCGUGGCAUGAAAUAGGAGGAAAAAAAAAAUUAUGAUUAUAUAAGUGUUCACAGUCAUACUUACACUUGACAUCCCAUGCUAAUAAAAUGACCACCAAGA